GCGUCACCACACCAGUCCAUCUGCGAGACAUGUUCCCGCUGCCUUUCACGCAAAGGCAGAGGUAAAGGUCAACUGAGCCGUGGAGGUAAGUGUGAUGGGGUUGGGAAAGGUAGGCGCUUGUUUAGGUCUCGGCGACUGCUGUUCUCCCCUACCCCGGAGAAUGUCCCCUGCAUACUCUUCGGAUGUACCCCUUUCAGUCGUACGUUUCUAUCUUGCAGGGAUCGCAAAGCGCUUGCUCUUCAAUAUCCAGGAUGGAUGUCUUUUUAUGAGCAGGAUGCAAGCUGGACGCUGCGAUGGUACUGUACACAGUAGGUACCGGACCCUUGAGGACGCGGGCUCUCGUCCCGUCCAGGUCCACCGGAGAAUCUUUAUUCUCUUUUUAUUUCCUUCCCAUAUCAAAAUUUCUUGGUCAAAUUGUUCCAGAAUUUGCGUCUGUCGCGUCUUGAAAUGCAUCCGCGGAGCCGAACUCAGUUUGAUGAAAGCGCGGACGCUUCGGACCAGUCACCUUUCGAGACGCGAAGCUUCUCUUAUUGCUCUCCUGGAAGCGGCAAAUCCACGCCAAGCUAACUGACCCUAUUAUUCAUAGCUGGGCGCGACUGUCUAGGCCCGUCAGGCGCCAUGUUCAUGCCUCCUGGUCAAGCCUUCUCAACUUCCUAGCUUGGUGGAUCUCCCGCUCUACCUGGACAGUCUACAACCUGACCCUAACUGGCAAACCAUGAAAUGUAACCACGGAAGGCUCGCUAUAGCAAUUUAUCUCCGUGGACGAAUGGGAUUCCGGC